CUUCUUUGAAAGGAGGAGGGGAGGGCCUUUUGCAGGAUAACUUGCAAGUGUGUACCACUGCUUAGGGAAAGCUUCUAUCUCUCUCUCUCUCUCUCUCAACGCUGUGUGUGAUCUAGCCUCUCUCUAAGAUAUCUAAACAUUUAAAAGCAUCAGCUUUAUUUUAGCUGGUAGGCAGCAGGCAUGUCUUCCUGGAGUAGCACAAAGGACUGGCUCAAAGGCUUUGGCUUGGAGCAAUACCACAAGAGUUUCAUUGAAAAUGGUUACGAGACGCAAAAGCUGUGUGCCAAUUUAAAAGACGUGGACCUCGAUGGAAUGAACAUUACUAUCAGUAGGCACCGUGAGAUACUCCUCAACCAAGCAAUGGUCCUCGCCAAGCACUGCAUCAAACAGUCCUCGGUUGGCAGCGAGUCCCCAACUGCAUCUCCACCAAUCAAAGAAAACAGGAAAGCCAAUAGAUCGAACCCAGCAAGCAAUGUCGAGAAGCUCCCAGUCAUUACUGAUACAGAAACAUACACUGCUGUCUUUGAUGACAAAUCCUCGUCUCAUACUCCUGUCCCAACUAAGCCAGCAAAGAAAAAAAAGCCUUCGCGCUCUCCGAAACCCAGCAUUGACUCCCCACCAAGACCCCAUCAGCCAAAAGGGACUGUUAAAUUAAACCCGUCGCAGUUUGCUAGACCGAAAAACGAAGGAGCUGCUGUGUCUACAUUAGCCAAUAUGCCACCUACACUAAUGACUAAACUUCAGCUGAAGGUUCACAUAAGGGAGAUGUUAUCUAGAGAUCACAUCGUGUUAUCCAAUCCUAAAUACGUCAUUGAAGAAGGGGUUGCAAAUGAAGUCACGCUAAUAGAACUAGCUGAGAAUUAUGCUGAAGAGCUUCACAUUGAAGGAUUGAAUGUCUAUGAUGCUGUGAGGGACUUGUGGCGAUAUGCCAUCAAUGAGAAAAGUGAAUUUGUUCUGCCAAAGUCGGUAACUAGCACACCUGUUGUAUCUACUACUACUACUGCUAGUGCUUCAAACUUUAAUGGGAUUGAUCAGAGCAACUACAGCGAGCCGUUUGACGCUAGUCCAACACCUAUAAAGACUCCCGUCAAAGUCAAAGUGAAAAGUGAUACAAAUAUUAAUAGCAAACCUGCCCCUUCGAAACAGCCACAACCACCUCCACAGCUUACCAUUGCACCCUCUGCAUCUAGUAACUAUGCUGAACCUUUUGAUACUGUUAAAGUUCAGCCAGUCAUUAUUACAAAAAGUCCAGAGGAGCCAAAAGCUCCAGCUGUGAGUUCAAAGCCAGGUUAUAAGUUGUCAAACGAAUCACACUCUGUUGUUGAAAGAAGGUCAUACAAAACAUUACCUCCUUCAAGUUCGCCAAACCCUUCAACCUCUUCAGAGGAGAGCCCAAAAGUGUUGUCUCCUCAAAAGAAAAGCCCGUUUCGUAAAUCAGAAAAGCUGCUUGUACGAAAGCAAGUUGGAAAGAGCACUUCUGCCGAAGACUUAACAAAUCCUGAUUUAUUCAAGGAGCAUCGUUCAUCUUUACAAGUAACAGACACACCUUUUACGGGUAACCUCCCACGUAGUAUAUCUUCUAAUCCAGCUCUCCUUUUUGAAGAGAGUCUUGGAAGUGAAGGGACUAAAAAAAUUAUUGGCUCGUAUGAAUCAAUUGAUAAACUAGAGUACAACCCCUCGCAACAAUUUACAUUAGAACAACAGGAGGCAUCCGCUGAUGAUGAUAGUGCACAGAGUAGUUAUAAAGUGUCUAGUCGUGUUAAAGGAUUGACGGUUGCUAAAAAUCCAAAAUCAGAAUUAGAGCUAUCCAAUGUAUUGGAGGUGUACGUAGAAGGAAGUGAUACUCCUAUUCGUUUCCAGCGCUUUAAAAACUCUGAUGGUGUCACAGAAACAGUCAUAGAAGAGGAAACUGAUGGAGGAGAAGGAAAAGACGAAAAGAAGAAAUCUCUUUUGCGACGUUUAUUUCCCAAAAAGAAAGACAAGGUUAAGGACAAGAGCAAAUUAAGACACGGUACAUCAGCAGACAGUGCUGAGACUCCCAGCGAAGAGAAAAGAGGUCUGACCAACUCAACCAGCAUGCCUGACAUUGCUGCUGCUACUGUUCAUUCUGAAUACGCUGAGGUAUUUGAUUUUCCCGAGAGCAACGCUUCAAAACUUUCACCGCCUAAACUACCUAAUAGGAACCGUCCACACUCUGCCAAGACCUCAAAUGCAUCUCUGCCCUCAACAGAGCAAUCUCCAUACAUAGCUCCCAUCACUCAUCAUCAGAUAUUGCUAAAGCCAGAGUCCCCAACCUCGACUGAGGUCAUUCAUUCUACUCCUGAGGCUAUAACGACAAACAAUGAUGAUAGCAUUAUUGAGAUUGAUGUUCAUUCCAGCAAUGCACUAAUGGGAUCAAAUGUUAAUAAACACGAGUGGAAGGAAACGGAGCAAGUUUCAGCUUUCAAGAAAGACAGUUUGUCAUCUAGCCCUGCCACAAGUUUGCUACAGCAGGAAGAGCAAGGGACGAUUGCUAAAGAGAGUCCUCAGGUCAACCAGUAUGACGACCCAUGGAAGCCAAUACUUAAGCCACUUCCUAGAAGCCAAAGGACAAUAUCAUCAGACAAUCGUGGAAAGAGUGUUGACGCAGAUUCUCCUACAAAGAGCCCUCAAAAACUAGCACUCACUCAUAAAUUAUCGGCUGAUGCAACUCUGCGUUCACAUCGCAAUCCCCAUCCAUCUCCACAGUCAUUGAAAAAUUACUUUGAAAACACUCAAACUAGCGUACAGUGCUCUACCUCUCCAAUUAACCAAGUACCGAUUGAUAGUAACAAAGAAGCCCAGACAGGUCCUCACCACAUAGCAUCACUUCAAAAAACAUUUAAGACGAUGGAGAAAAAGAAGCCACCAUCUCUGAGUGGUAAUUUGCUCCAGAUUGCAUUAGAAGAGAAAUUACUGUCUGAUGGGAUCGACAUAACGUCUCAGCCAUACUCAUCACAGAGAGGUGAGUAUGGUGUACCCAGUGCGUUGGUCUCGAGGUACUCGGAAGAGGUAGGAAACUCGGAAGAUGAUAUAGCGAAAAUGCUUGACAAGAUCAGACGCUCUUCUUUGCUUAAAGCUAAGAGAGGGCAUAUUGCUCUAAAGAAAGACUGGAAGAUAUUCUCGGACAUCGAGACCAAGUCUGUCGAAGGGUUUUUAGUAUCAAUUGGUCUGCCACAGUACCAGGGUCUCCUAUUGGAAAAUGGACUGACGUCUGUGAUACAACUCAAGAGCUCAAAAUGGAACUCACUUCCAUUGCAAGAGAGUCAUAAAAGGCGUCUCAGUGCUUUCUCCAAGAAAUUGUAAUUUUUUUUAUUAUGACCAUUAUAGUUCAUCAUCCUCCAUUGAUUUGUACUUCAUUAUUAUACUUAUGAUUAUUAUUGUUAUUACUCCUUUGUCAGUUAUGUGCAUUAUUAUUCUCAUCAUAUCAAUUUAUUCGAAAAAAUA